AUGCCGGCCAAGGGGUGGAAAAAAGAUGGCGAUGACUCGAAUUUCGAGACGGCAGCCGACAACGAGAAAGUUUCCAUUGAGUCGAUGCUGUUUCCCAAAGCCACAGUGCACAAGGUGGCGAAACACGUCCUGUCGCAGUCGGAAACCAACAUGAUCCUCGCGAAAGAGUCGCAGACCGUUUUGCAACGCGGGUCGGUGCUAUUUGUGAACUACUUGUACCAUCACGCGAAACAGGUGGCGAAGGAGCAAGGACGCAAAGUUGUCAACGCGAACGACGUGCUUGCCGGCCUCGAGCGCGCCCAGUUUGCCGGAUUUGUGCCCGCUCUGAGUGAGGAGCUGGAAAAAUUCAACUUACGCAAGGAACAUAAGAAAAAGAAGAAGGACGAGAUCAACGAGCCGGAUGAUGAACAGGAAAACGAGAACAAGCGGGCAAAGGUGGACGUGGACGAGGCAAUGACCGAGGACGUUCCGGACACGACUCAGGACGAUGCAACCGCCGAAGCCACGGAAGCAGGCGAGGACACUGAGGAAGCCGAGGAAGAUGCCGAGGGUGACGAGGCGCCUACGCUGACCGCGUCGCAGCGUUUGCAGCAGGAGAUGAAGGAGCUCGAGGGAGACGAGCCUACAGAAACGGCCGAAUCGGAAAACGAAGGGUAG